UUAAGUGUUUCACAGUGAGUUGUGUCCUGCAUUGAGGGGGCUCAAUUUUGUUAUUUAAAUAACUUAGAUAUGUGGCAAUUAAUCGAGUUCAGUUUAUCAUUUAAAGCUGUUGCAAACUGUUUUUCUGAAUAAUGCGAGUGCAAGUGUACUAAUCUUAAUUCGGUCUUCGUUCUCUUCAAAAUGAUUUUGCGGUUGUUAUUGUUUAUUACUGUUGAGAUGUAUUUAUAUAUAAUAGCGCUGUUUGUUUUAUGGAUUACCUAUAUAAUUUGGAAAAAUUAUAGUCUACCACCUGGACCUUGGGGUAUACCUAUUUUCGGUUACUUACCAUGGAUGGACCCAAAAAACCCAUAUAUUACUUUGACAAACUUAUCCAAAAAGUAUGGUUCUAUUUAUGGACUGAAUCUCGGUAGUGUUUAUACUGUAGUUUUGACGAAUCCAAAAACUAUUAAAUCGGUGUUUUCAAUGAACGCCACAACAGGCAGAGCGCCCCUAUAUUUGACUCAUGGUAUAAUGGAAGGAAAUGGUCUAAUAUGUGCCGAAGGAGAAGUAUGGAAAGAACAUAGACGAUUUACUUUUAACUGUAUUAGACAACUGGGAGGAGCAAAAGUUGGUCCACAAAGAAAAAAAAUGGAGACUCUCAUAUUGAAUCACGCUAUAGAUUUCAUAAAAUAUCUAGAUCUCGAAGAAGACGGUAGAGAGGUUGAUAUUUUUCCUGGUUUGCGCCAUAGUUUAGGAUCAGCCGUAUAUUUGAUUGUAUUUGGAAAAUCCUGGAGCAGAGAUGAUGAUGUAUGGAAAUAUUUGUUAUAUUUACAAGAAGAAGGUCCUAAAUAUAUGGGAAUAGCGGGACCACUAAAUUUCCUACCGUUUCUUAGGUUUUUUCCCAAAUAUCAGAAAAUUAUGUCUUUCAUAAAGUCUGGGCAAACAAAAUCGCAUAACUUGUAUAAAGACCUCAUUGACGAACAAGCACAAUUGUUAAAAAAACAAGCAACUGCAACUAUUACAACUAAUGGUAUACCCAGUAAUGAUUCCGCAAUAGGGCACAAUGUUAUCCAAUGCUUUUUACUGGAAAAAGAAAAGAAGAGUCCAGAAUUUGCCGAGAAAUUAUAUCACGAGAAACAAUGUCUCCACCUAUUAGCUGACAUAUUUGGCGCUGGUUUAGAUACUUCAUUAACGAGUUUAAGAUGGCACUUUCUGUACCUGGCUAAGAAUCCUUCUGUGCAAGAUGAAAUUAGGAAGGAAAUCAACGAUGUGUUACAUGAUCGUUUACCAACAAUGGACGAUAUCGAAAUGCUACCUUUGCUGGAGGCUUCAAUUCUGGAAGCUAUGAGAAUUAGACCAGUAGUUCCAGUUGGAUUACCACACGGAACAUUGGAAGAUAUCGAUAUCGAUGGAUAUAAGAUUCCAAAAGGAACAAUGGUGAUGUCGUUGUUGUGGGCGCUUCAUAUGGAUGAGAAUGCGUGGAAGAAUCCUGAGGAAUUUACUCCGAAGCGGUUUAUUAACGAGGAAGGGAAAGUUGAAAAAAACGAUUAUUUUAUGCCGUUCCAAACAGGUAAACGAAUGUGUGUUGGAGACGAAUUAGCUCGAAUGUUUCAAUUUCUCUUUUCUGCUACUAUACUCCAAAAAUUCUCGUUUUCUUUGCGAGAUGAAAAUUUCGAUACUUGGGGCGAAUGUGGGAUAACAUUAACACCCGUAGAUCAUAAAUUUAUAAUAAAAAAGGUGUGAAAUUAUGUUGUAUCAACAAAAUUCUUCAAUAAAUUCUUUCUUUUU